AUGGCAUCAUUGAGAAGUUUGAUUCUUGCACUGCUUCUGGCACUGCUCUGCUCCUUCUACACCCCACUGGCUCCCAGUGCCAAGGCACAAGAUUUGCCAUUCCGCUCUGAGCAAGGUCUGGUGGCCGACGAUGAUGACAACGAUGACCAUGAAGACCAGGAUGACGGCGACAAUGACAACAACAACGAAGAUGAUGAUGAUGACGAUGAUGACGACGAUGAUGAUAACAAUGACGAUGGCGACGACGACGAUGACGACGACGACGAUGACGACGACGACGAUAAUGAUGAUGGCGAUGACGAAGUUGAUGAUGAUGAUGAUGAUGACGAGGACGACGAUGAUGAUCAUGAAGAUGAUGAAGAUGAUGACGAAAACGACGAUGGUGCUUAUCACAAGGGCUCUGUGUGCUCAUAUUGUGAAUUCUGUGAGCACUGUGACAGCUGUGAUAAAUGUCCUUGUGAAGAAGGAGACAAGUCUGAACACUGUGAUGACUGCAAGAUGUGCAGUUUCUGCCAUUUGUGUCCUGUUUGCCAAACUCUUUGCCAGCCUGGCGGUUUUCUUGAUGAAGUGACUGGAUCAAUCUACAAGACUGUGGCUGAUGUGUUUCAUGAUGAUGACAACUGA